UUUGUAUUACGUAUAUUAUAGAUUUUCAGUACUGGCAGUGAAUUUUGGAACACAGCCAUAAAUUACUGACGUUACAAAUUCAAGAAAGGAAGGCUAUUACCAGAACGCGGCCAUAGUAUUACCUUGUCGGUGCUUCAGCUAAAACAGUCGGUAUUGUCAUUGGUUUGGAAUUACAGUCGAGCCCCCGUGGUCCCUUUGCAAACUAUGAAACAAUUAAUUUAAAAAGAAUUUUAUCAUAGUUUAUGUCAUAUCUGUAUAAACUGCUUCUCCUCAAGAUGCUUGAAGAUUAUCUGUUAAAAUAUCACAUAAAAGAGUUGGAAGAGAUAUUGAAUGCUGCAGAUGAUCACAUGUUCUAUUCAAUACACAUAAAUUUUGUAUCCUUAUUUGAUCUUGAUGCAGAGAAUGCACAGAAAAUCUUACAUAAUCCUAGACAUUUUUUACCAUUAUGUGAGAAGGCAAUAGUAAAAGCUCAAGAACAACUAUGCAAGAUGGAUCAAACAGUAAAAACUAGAGUCCAUGUUAGAAUUAUUGCUGUACCAAUAAAAAUUGAUACAGGUCAAAUCGGUGAGCUAAUUUCGACAUCUGGAAUUGUUGUACGCAUGUCCCAAUCCACAGUUAUGAAGUUAAAAAAACGUUUCAUCUGUAAAAAGUGCAAACAUGUUACUGUGGUUAAAUUAGAAUGGGAAAGACAAUUAUUUAGGGAUGCCAAGAGUUGCAACGCAUGUCAUUCUCCAAAUGUUACAGCCUCAACAUCUUUAAAUCAAGAUGAUUGCUCUGACUAUCAAGAAAUAAAGAUUCAGGAUAAGUGUAAGAUCGACACAAGAAGCUGUUAUGCAGUGGGUCUACAAGUAGUUCUAUUGGAUGAUCUUGUUGACAAAUGUAGACCUGGGGAUAAUGUAGACAUUAGUGGAAUAAUUAUACGAAAAUGGGGUAUAUUAAAACCUGGUCAACGUGCGGAAGCUACGACGUUUCUAAUGGCGAAUAGCAUUUCCAUACGCAGGAAAUUUUCAGAAGCAACGUUUUCUACCGCAGAGAUAAAGAAUACCUUUACAGCAUUUUGGGAAAAUUAUCAGGACGAUGCGUUAUGCGGCAGGAACAACAUUCUCGCUUCUAUUUGUCCGCAAAUGUACGGGAUGUAUAUGGCGAAAUUAGCUUUGGCAGUUGUAUUAUGUGGUGGUGUCGUCAAAACUAACGAAACAGAGACGCGCGUAAGAGGUGAGCCCCAUCUUCUGCUGAUUGGAGAUCCGGGCACUGGAAAGUCGCAAUUGCUUCGUACUGCAUCACGAUUAAUUACAAGAUCCGUCUUUACAACCGGCAUCGGCACUACCGCCGCUGGACUCACAGCAGCUGCUGUCAAAGACACGGAUGGCUGGCAUUUAGAAGCCGGUGCUUUAGUGCUUGCAGAUGGAGGUGUAUGUUGUGUGGAUGAGUUCACAACGAUGAGCUCUCAUGAUAGAACCUCUGUACAUGAGGCGAUGGAGCAACAAACAAUCUCCAUAGCCAAAGCUGGUAUAGUGAGCACAUUGAAUAGUCGUUGUUCAGUCGUCGCAGCUAUUAAUCCAAACGGUGGAUGUUUUACGGGUGACGAGUGGAAAACUUGCUUAGGAAAUCCUCUAUUGUCGCGUUUUGAUCUGAUCCUCCUCUUGCGAGAUAAUAAAAAUCCAGAAUGGGACAAAAUGAUGUCGACUCAUAUCUUAAAAGCUGCUUGCGAAGACGAGGAGAACAUUUCCCAUUCCGAAAUAUAUAUGGGUCCUUCAAAUCUGGGAGGCCUGUGGAGAGAAGAGAGUCUUUGCGAAUAUUUUGCACACGUGCGUGCAUUGAAACCAGUGUUGACCGAAGAAGCAAAAAAGAUACUCAGUGCAACAUAUCUUUAUCACAGAUCGAAUCCGUGCAAAAGGCCUGAAAGAACAACAGUGCGGCUCUUAGAUAGUCUUAUCAGAUUAGCGGAAGGUCACGCAAAACUUAUGUAUCGUACUAAAGUGGAAAUCGUUGAUGCUGUGACAGCAGCGGAGUUGGUUGGAACUACUCUAAUUAACGAUGUUGAUAUUGGUUGUUCAUUUCCAGUAGAUCCUAUUGCAACUUAUCAUUCUACAGCGAAAGACUUGCUUAAGAAGCUUAAUUUACAAGAAUUAGAACCAUAUAUAUAAAUAACAGUUUGUAAACAUAUAUCGCAGUUAGAUGAGAUUAAAAAUUAAUUUAUUCAUUACUUAACGAAUCAUUUUUAUAGUAUUUGUCAAGUUUGAUAAUUCUUGGAAUAAUAUACGAUUGCGUAAUUUUAUUUUAUAGUAAUUGAUUAUACUCGAUAUGUAUACAAUUUCGUUUGUAACCACUAUCUUCAAAA